AUGUCUUCCCCCGAUCCUAACCUUUACUCGGAUCCUCCAAUCCAAGAUCUGCAAGACAUGCCCGAAGACAUUCAGCACAUAUCCGCGUGCUUUCGAGAGUACAAUUUGGAAACUAAACUAUGGUCACAGGAAUUCGACAACAUUAUCUUAGAAAUGCAUCGUAUUGCUACAACUGAUUUUGUGAAGACCUACUGCGAUUUCCUUUCCCAGGAUAAUGAGCCUGUUAAAUCUAAGAUAAAAAGGCUGGAGCAGUUUAAAGAGAAAUUAUGCAAUAUCUUUGGGGAUGGCGGAGAAACACUUGUCACCUUUGCAAAAAAACUUGACAGUCUUGGGAGAAACGUGCAAACAUUUGGUAUCAGGCUCAAGCACCUCCCAGGAAACCAUAAAGAAAAUUUGGAGACAGUAUUUGAAGACCUUAAAACUCAGAUGAAUAGAAUUAACUCUGAGUUCAUUUCUUCAAAAGAAUUUGAGAAGGAGGAUUUGAACAAGAAACUUCAAGACAUUGCAACAGGAGAAUGCUGUAAGAAGAUCGAGUCUAUUAAAGCCCAGCUGAAAUGUAUCAAGCGAGUCUGGAUGAUAUUAUGCAGUGACGUAGAAGGGCUUCUGACCCUAUUACAACUCACUAUAGGUGAUGAUGAUAGUGAUUGCUUUUGA